AAAAUGUCCGAAAGUGAUGAUGAUUAUCCGGAAUUAGACAUCUCCGAUCAAUAUAUCGAUCCAUUGGGGAUCGUUGUUGGUCCACCACCCGCCUCGUAUACGGAAACUGAUCGUGAAGAAACUCCCAUGCAAAAUCGAACUGAAGAUGACACUAAUAGCUAUGGAAAUUCAUCGGGUGAACAUGACUACGAUAGUUAUUUGGAUUCAGGAGACGAUGACUUUGACGUGGAUGCCUACUAUGCGAAUGACAAUAUGGAUGAACCUCCACCAGAAACGAUACCGGACAAUCUUAUACAAAACGUCAUCGGAAGAAAUGAUAACGCCGAUUAUGAUUUCAGCGAUGCAAGUAAUCCAGAAAUCAUGAAGCUGUUCCUGAGCUCUUCAUUGCUGAGCAAUCCAUUGAAAUUCCGUUCUGGAUACUCCUCGGAUGAAUUGGAUGAUUGUUUGAAAUCUUGUAUGGGAUACAGUCUUCAAGUAACAGCUGUUUUAUUGCUUCCUCCAGAAAUUAUUUCUCAGCUUCCAAACGAUUCCAAGACCGAACACGCCCAUGCACUUGUACGAGGAGGUUGGCUGCAGUCCAAAGAGGGCGCAUUCUUUCCAGUCAUUUCCGAUUCAGAACGUGAGACUGUUGUUUCGUUGAUGAAUGGAUCCGAAGAACAGCACAAACGCCAGGAAAGGAAGAAAAAGGAAGCAGAUACAUUUGAAUCCGAAGAGAAGGAAAUUCGUACUCUACUCACAUUCAACAUGAUUGCGGAAUUGUUAAUGGCUGUCAGAAAUGAAUAUAGCAUUCGUUCAGUUAAAUAUCAAAUUCUUUCAACUGCUUAUACAAAUAUGGUUACUGGUGCGGCACAUGCGAAUAUUUUUCGAAAAUAUAAGGAUAUUCUUCAACUCGAUCCAGAAAAACUGUGGAAUAAUGAUUGGUUCAAAGAGUAUACAAAUCGAGGAACACUGAAGAAGUUUCUAACAACUGCAAGAUUUUCUGAAAUUGUGGUUUCACAAGCCAACGGCAAAACUGUAGAACUCUAUUUUAGAGCUGACGAUGAAGGAAACCGACCAGUUGUUCUUUUCACUGAUGAACAUAUUGCGGAUGUUAGGAACAAAUGGAAAACCGGCAAUCAGAGAAAUCAGAACUACGGAAGCCAAGGCAAUUAUAGGGCCGGUGGACAGAGAUCAGAUGAUCGUCGUGGUCCACAACAACGCAGAAAUGUAAUUGUACCAGAUCCGAAUUAUCAACCAUCGACUUUUGCUGGGGGCAUUUCUAACAAUGCAGAUGAUGAUGGAUCGUUGCAACCAACAACUUCAUCGCACUUUAAUCGAAAUACUGAUCGGUCAACAUCUCGUCCUCCACGUGCACCCACUUCUCCAGUCAAUCGUGUGAUGGAAACAGAUCCACUAAUGGGCCAAGGCACUUCGUCCGGAGCCCCUCAACGAUCCGCGAUUCCGAAUCCAUUUGGUGGAGCACCAGCUCUUAGCAGAAGCACAAUCACCAAUGGUAACCGUGGUCCUUCAUAUGGAGAUCGUGGUGAGCGUGUUCAAGAUGUCGGUGAUACGACAUCAGAUAGUGAAAUCACUUCUGAAGGAUCCUACUCUGAUGAAGAUCCCGAGCAAAAGGAGAUUAAGCGUCAAAGAAGAAAGGAUAAACUUAAAAAGAAACAGGAAAGAGAACUAAGAAGUCGUGAGAAGCACACGAAGUCUAAGCAGCAACCUCCUUCGAAAAUUGAGACUCGAUUCAAUACGUACAAGAAAAAAUCAGAAUCAUCUGCUACUGACACUUCCAAUACACCUCCAGUUGACACUGUGAAUGUAGCUCUCCCGACUCCAGUAGUAGAAUCGUCUUCUACGACCGCAGCACCGUCAAUCCCUGUUUCGACACGUCCUGAAGUCGUCGUUCCACCUGAGAAUCCAGCUCCACUCAGAGAAGUCGGAAAUUUCUACUCUAAAUCGAAUCACGACGAGGAUAGACGCAAUGUUCAACUUCCUUUCACACCAGCGGAUACGCACAAACCGAUUAAAGUUGCGCCAAAAGAGCCUGUACGGAAUCCGCUUUUGAAAGAACGACCUUCAGCCAAUGGUUUCAUCAACAGAAGACUGCCAUCACAUCCAGCACCACCACCAGUCAACCAAAGUCAACCAGCCAAUCAACCAAUGCAAACAGCUGUGUAUCAAAACUCUCAUCCGGGUGCACCAUAUAUCCCUCAACAGCCAACAUAUCAGCCACAGCUUCCUGUACAACAACCUCAACCACAUCAAUAUGCGCCUCAACCAAUACAUCAUCAACAGCCAAUCCACCAACCGAUGCACGGCCAACAGUAUCCGCCAGUUAAUCAGCAGCAACCAAUCUAUCAACAACCGGCACCACAGUAUCCACCAUACAAUUCAAUUCAGAACAACCCUCAACAUGGUCCUUCUCCAUUUAAUUAUUCUCAAGUGCCACAACCUGCUUAUAAUCACGUUGGCCAACAACCAUCACAUAUGAGCAAUCAACCUCAUAUCAAUCAAAAUGGAUAUCAAAAUUCGUACAAUCCGAAUCAGGGUCCGACUUCUUCCGAUCCAAAUUAUGGAUGUAAUCCACAAUUCAAUCAUUAUGGCAGUAGAUCAGUUUAUCAUGAAGAUCAUUCAUCACAAAGAAGAAGAUCACCUGAUCAGUUUCCACCAAAUCCUCCAGAAUACGAUCCACACGGAAACUUCAAACUUGCUGAUUAUGAAAGAGAUCGAAUGACAGUCGGAUACAGUCAAAAUCCACAUCAAUUUGACCAUCACGGAAGUCAUAUGCCUCAUCAGUCACAACCACAAGGAUAUGACAAUUUUAACGGAAAUUCUGCGCCGUACUUUAAUAAAAACGGAGGACAAUCAAACCAUCAACCGGAAGCUCAAAGAUCUUUUAGUGUUCUCUCUUCGAAUCGUCAGCCAUCGAACAGGGAAUUAAUAUUUCAAGAUGGAAUUGAGAAGGAAUUGAGAGAUAUAAUUCUCCGUUAUCGAAGCAUGAACUUGACAGUAUUGACAGUACAAGAACUGAGAACAGAAGUGAGCAGACGUCCUGCUAUUCCUCGGUACAUUGAUAUUGUCCAAUAUAUUAGAGAUUCUUCAUCGGUUGCUAUAGUGGAAAGAGGUGACAUUGAGCCGUAUGUCGUUUUGAAAGAUGAUAUCCGAAACUAAGAAUUUACUUGUUCCUAUUACUGUUCCAUUUUUAUUUGUAUUCACCCACUCGUCUCAAUUUUUUCAUUUUUUCUAAACCCAUGUUUUUUUUUUUUAAUUUUCGUUCUUAUUGACUGCCUACUGAUUAUUACCUGUUUUUUCAUACUUGAAUCGCCAAACUUUCCUAAUUAAUAUUUUUACGAGUCCAAAUUUGUGUUUUAAUAUUUAUAAAAAGUAGAAGAACCGGGAGUCAACUGAUAAUAAUAA